CUCAUCUGCAUAAAGGRAUGACAGGCAUUCUUGAGCUGAAUCAGUGGUUUUGAGACCCAGCGGGUUUUUUCAAGAGUUUUAUCCCAACAAUUGUCUACUGCCUGAAGUAGGUGAAAUGAACUUUAGGAUUAGGCGAUGGCUACGAUUUUGUGGUGAAAAAAAAAGUUCCUCGGGGACCGCGUGAUUGUUGCUUUUUCGGUCAAUUGAAGACAGAAUGGGCCAGACGUCUGUCUCUACCUUGUCUCAAAAUGCGAGCGGUGUUGACGGACUGGAAAAAAUGUUCUCUUGCCAGCUGUGAUGUUGUGGUGGGCAGCACCCAGACUCCUCCACUGAAGCAGAAGGGAAGCUCUCCUAUAGGGAAGAUCUUCAAACCCUGGAAAUGGCGCAAGAAGAAAACCAGCGACAAGUUUCAGGACCUAUCCAUAUUUCUGGAGAGGAAAAUCUCCACGAGGCAAAGUCGAGAGGAGCUGAUAAGACGAGGAGUCCUCAUUCCGGAUCAAGGACCAGAGGACCCAGUGAACCCUGAGACUCUAAAUGGCCACGCCACGCUUAGUCUGGGGUCAGAGGAGGUCAAAGUUGACAUAGAGUCUCCUGAAACGCCUUCAGAGGAGAAGACCGAAGAGUCAGAGAAUUCUGAAGACAAAGCAGUGACAAAUGAAAACAAAGCUACUCCAAAUGGGUACCAGGCCAGAACGAACCAGGCCAGAAUGCGGGAGGCCCCCCAAAAAAGCCCUACCACUGCACCUCCCAAAUCAGCUGGUGGGGUUACAGCAGGGCGCAGGGACGGGACCACGGGCGGUAAAAAGCUGGCCAAAAGCACAGGCAAGCAAGCUUCUGCUCUGUCCCACAAACAAAACCCUCGAAACAAUUACCGUGGGAGCGCCAAAUCCUCUCAUCCUAAGAAAACUGGAGGCACAUCCAAGACCACUGCCCAGUCCUCAUYCUCCUCAUCGUCCACACCGUGUACCACAAAGAUCUCGAAGGACAGGCCUGCCAAUCCAACCGGGACAGAGAAGACCAACAAGCGCGAGCUCCAACUAGCAACUGACCCUUCCCGCUUCUCUGGAGCCCCCAAGGCCUCCCCAGACACAGACAGCCUACCAGGUGAAAGAUGGCUCACGGGUCCUGGGGAUGGGAACCAGGGGGGUAAGGAGGAUCCCUCUUCUGGCCCAGAUGGCAGGCCUGCUGCUCAGGAUGACUCCUCUCUGCCUGGGGUGGAUAAAGACAAUGCCUCAGGUGCUGGCCCUCAGGACCCUGGAGAGAAAGCGCCCCUUGUCAACAGCACCACUGAGGACACUUCCUUCACUGAGUCUCAAAACGAGAGCUCCACGGAGGAAGCCCUGGGGACUGGGAAAGAUGGAGGUGACCAUGAGCAACAGUCGGGGGACGAAGACCAUGACUUAGAGAAAAAUCGGAGGCCUACCAAUGGGAUUGGUGAGAAGCUCCACAGUGUUAACCUGGAGAGCCCAGAGGUUACAGUCAUCCCAGACAGCACUACGGAGUCUGACUACCACUCCACAGUCAGCGACUCCGACUCAGAUGGGCCCAUCCUCUACCGAGACGAAGAAGAGGACGAGGAUGACGAGGACGAGUAUACCACAAGCUCUCUAGCCAGUAAGAUCCGCCGCAGGGACACCCUGGCCAUCAGACUUGGCAACCGGCCCAGCAAGAGAGAGCUGGAGGAAAAGAACAUCCUGCCUCGUACCUCUGAGACCGAGAGGCAGGAACUCCGCCAGCAGAUUCACUCCAAGCUAGUGAGACGACUUAGUCAGAGGCCCAGUACUGAGGAACUGGAGCAGAGGAACAUUCUGAAACAGACAAAUGAUGCUGAUCAACAUGAAGCCAUACAAGAGAUUAAAAGGAGGCUCUCCCGAAAGCUGAGUGUGAGGCCGACAGUAGCAGAGCUGGUGGCUCGGCGGAUUCUGCGCUUCAAUGAGUACGUGGAGUGCACAGAUGCUAAGGACUAUGACCGUCGCGCAGACAAACCCUGGGCCAGGCUCACGCCAGCUGACAAAGCUGCUAUCCGUAAAGAACUGAAUGAGUUCAAAAGCAAAGAGAUGGAAGUUCAUGAAGAGAGCAAGCAAUUUACCAGAUUCCAUCGGCCCUGAGGCAUUUCUAUCUCCAGUGGGGGUGCUGGUCGGCUGCCGGCACUGCCUAAAGGCUCUCUCUCCCCGCUGCGGGCUUCACCAUCGGGCUUUUCCCUGUGGCCUGGAUGCCCCUAGGCACGGACACAUGGACACCGUCUCCCAGGGCCAACCUGUCUCCAGCUCUACAGAUCAAUAGAGGUUGAUUACAUUGGGCCACACCUGCUUACACAGACCAGACUGGGCUUUAGUGCUGUGUGAAAAGUGACAGAGAGGGAGGCCAGUAUCCAUGAAGGACAAAACUGUUGCACUUUGUAACACAGCACUGAUUUCAUUACCUACAUACUUUUUGACUUCCCUAAAGCACCUUAACAGGCCUUGACCAAGUCCCCAUGGACUGGAAGGGAAAUGGUUUUGCAACUAUGACAAUGUUGUAGGUUAGGCAAGUCCAGCCAAAGGUAACAGUAAUCAAAUCAAUGUUUAUUUGUGAUAUGCACAGGAUAUAACGUAAACCGUGCAAUGCAAUGCUUACUUGCACGCUUCCUCAACAGUGCAAUGACAAAUAUAACCAAAUCAGACACAUAGUCCUUAACUUAACGUAAUCAUGGAAGUGCAUGGCAAGGUGUUAGGAAGAAAUGGUUACGUUUACCGCCACGUGGUCUUGAUGGUGGAAAUUAAGGUGUUUGGGUCUUGUUUUAAGGGGUGAUUGUUGAUGCUGAUCUCAAAGUGGCUGGGACAACAUGAAUUUUGCCUAGAUAGUAAGGAAUAUGUAUCGUUACUGUUUUUGUCAUGUUUUCUGGAACACUUACCAUUAUUGAGCAUAUCUUUUACAGAGACAGAGCAGAGUGAACCCUAUUGAUCUAUGUAGGCUAUUCUUCCAUUCUCUCUUUCCAAAUUUAGAGCAAGUUCAGAACACAUUGGUCUGCCCUUCAGAUUGGUUGAGCUGUUAAUAAUGGAUGGUCUGUGUAGUUUGAAAGUAUAUGAUAAAUGUUAGUAUUUUACGGUCCCAGAUGAAUCCAUUGAGCUUUUUUCCUGGUCAUAAAAUGUGAAGCAUUUCUUUGAUAUUUCUGUGAUGAGGUGCACCAAUCAAUUUACAUUCAUUUCAGACUGCUAAGGGCAGCUGUAGAAUAUAGGAGGGGAACCAUAGUAUUCAUGCCAAUGUUUUUCUCAUUCUAUGGAUUUUUUGUACAUAAUGUAUAUCAGAUGCAUGAUCACAAGUUUACUGCCAAUUACCCGAUAGAUUUUUACAUGUGAUGUGAUGUACAGGAUUAGUUUUGUAUUGAUGGCGCUAUGUGCUGUUCAUAUGUGAGUACUGUAUCUUUGAAUUAUGCCUGUACAUAAUAUUCAUGUAUAUACAGUACCAGUCAAAAGUUUGGACACACCUGCUCAUUAAAGGGUUUUUCUUUAUUUUUACU